ACACAGAGGGAGGAAAGUUUCAGUCACAUUCCUCAAAUGAAAGUGAAAGUUAGUCAGAGCGACAGCAGAACUGCAGUUGAGGGUAGUUUCUGUGCUUGUGUCCAAAGACAAAUUCAACCGGGUUCAUCGGUUCUUUCUCAGCCACCGACUCAGACACUGUGUGUAGACAUGUCUGGUGCCACAAGUCCACGAUCUGAAGACCAGUUUCUGUGCUCCAUCUGUCAGAACGAGUUCACUGAUCCAGUCUCCACACCAUGUGGACACAACUACUGCAAAACCUGUAUCACUGACCACUGGGAUGCUAGCGACAGCUGCCAGUGUCCCAUGUGUAAAAAGGUUUUCAAGAAAAGACCUGAGCUGGACACCUACACCUUCAUCUCUGACAUGGAUGCUGAGUUCAGACAUGAACCUGCCAAACCAGUAGAAGUUCCCUGUGAUGUCUGCACUGGAACCAAAAUGAAGGCCCUGAAGUCCUGCCUGGUGUGUCUGGCCUCCUACUGUGAGACUCACCUGGAGCCUCAUCUGACAGCUCCACGUCUGAAAAGACAUCAGCUGGUUGAGCCUGUGGAGAACCUGGAAGGCAGGAUGUGUAGACAGCACGAUAAACCUCUGGAGCUGUUCUGUAAGACCGACCAGAUGUAUAGCUGUGUCCUCUGCUCUGUUUUAGAGCACAGGACACAUGAGUUUGUUCCUCUGGAAGAAGAAUAUGAAGGAAAGAAGGCAGAGCUGGGGAAGACAGAGGCCGAGAUUCAGCAGAUGAUCCAGAAGAGACGAGAGAAGAUUGAGGAGCUCAAACAGUCAGUCAGGAUCAGUAAAGAAGGUGCAGCCAGAGAGAAAGCAGCAGGUGUUCAGGUCUUCACUGCUCUGAAGGAGUCUGUUGAGAGAGGCCUGAUCCAGCUCAUCAAGGAGAUCGAUGAGCAACAGGAAACCACAGAGCAACAGGCUGAAGGCUUCAUCACAGAGCUGGAACAGGAAAUCUCUGAGCUGAGGAAGAGGAGCACUGAGGUGGAGCAGCUCUCACACUCUGAAGACCACCUCCACCUCCUCCAGAGCUUCUCCUCCCUGAAAGCUGCUGCACCCACCAAGGACUGGACAGAGGUCAGAGUCCGUCCUCCGUCAUAUGAGGGGACUGUGGUGAGUGCUGUGGCUCGGUUGGAGGAAGCGCUCAGUAACGAGAAGAAAAAGCUGUUUGAGGCUGAGCUGAAGAGGGUCCAGCAGUUUGCAGUGGAUGUGACUCUGGACCCUGAUACAGUACAUCCUGAUCUCAUCCUGUCUGAUGAUGGGAAACAAGUCCAUGAUAGCGAUGUGAAGAAGAAUCUCCCAGACAAACCAGAGAGAUUUUCUGAUUGUGUUAGUGUCCUAGGAAAGCAGAGUUUCUCUUCAGGCAGAUUUUACUUUGAGGUUCAGGUCAAAGGAAAAACUGAGUGGACUUUAGGAGUCGCCAGAGAGUCGGUCAACAGGAAGGGAAACAUCACACUGAGCCCUCAGGAUGGUUACUGGACUGUAUGGUUGAGAAAUGGAAAUAAGUACAAAGCUCUCACUGGCCCUGCAGUCCGUCUCUCCCUGAAGUCUGGGCCUGAGAAUGUGGGGAUGUUUGUGGAUUACGAGGAGGGUCUGGUCUCCUUUUAUGAUGUAGAUGCUGCAGCUCUUAUCUACUCCUUUACUGGCUGCUGCUUCACUGAGAAACUCUACCCGUACUUCAGUCCAUGUUUUAAUGAUGGUGGUAGAAACUCUGCUCCUCUGAUCAUCUGUCCUGUCAAUCAAACUGCCUGAUCUUGUUUAGGAUAAAGUUCAACAGGUCACAGUUUAUACUCACUGAAUGUUUCUGUAUAUUGUAGCUUCAGAGCGACAACAUGAGCACAAAGUCUGUGUUCACUGUUAUCAAGGAUGGAGACGGGUUUCUUUCUGUUUAGACUUGGAGGCUCCUGAAGGGGUUAGGGUGGCCUAAAGGUCAGAGGGUCGCCGCUUAUAUUCAGCGUACGAUGAUUGUACAUGUGAAAUUGUUGUUUUUAAACUGUCUCUUAAGAGCUGAUCACCAAUAAACCACAUCUCUGUAAAUCGUGUCUCUCCCAUUAAAACAUGUAAAAACCAAGUUAAAAGUGCUGCACUGGUGUGUGUCGGCUGGUUUUGUGUCAGACGUCACAGCCCGUGUUCCAGGUUUUAAUUCUGCAAGUGUGAACAGUCUGAGCUCAGAAAUUAACUGUAUAUUCACUAUACUU